AUGGCUUGGUUCCGCCCUCCUCCUCCAGGAACACAACUCAGACCGUGGGUUCCAGACCUCAUCUUUAUUCCGAUUUCACGAGCUUUCGAACGGCUCGGAGUGUAUUUCUACAACAGAGUUCUAAACAAGACGGAAAUCGGUCUGUUUGACAAAAGAUGGAACAAGAACAUUCAUGGUCCUUAUUGUCAUCAUCGAUAUUACGGAAAACUGGACACCAAACUUUUCGAUGUGAAGCUCGCCGACCUUCCCGCCUGGUUUGCUCGACGUGAAAAGACACCAGGUGCUAUAUACAACGAGUUUAUGCGAAACAUUUGGAGAGUUCAUAACAAAUACUAUUCCGGCCCUGUAUAUGCAAAUACCGUGAAAACCAUCUUCCGUUUCAUUUUUGCCUAUUCGUUCCUGAAUUGGUUGGUGAAGUGCCACCGCUACUGGGCCAUACAGAAGACUAUGUACCACUGGUAG